AUGAUUAUCUUUUCUAUUUUUUUUAAAUAUUUUAACCGCAAAUUCUUUUGCUUUAUUCUCUCAAUAUUAUUCCUAUUAUCUCUUCUCUUCUUCAUCUCUUACUCUCUUUUAAGUUUUCCCCAGAAUGUAUUUUUCCUGCAGGUUUCUCUAUCACACGCGCGGGCGCACACAAUUAUCUCUUCCUCCUUCUCUCAUUAUUUCUUUCUCUCUUUCUCCCUUUCACUCACUUUCUCUCUCUCCCAAUCUUUGUUUCUCUUCCUCCUCCCCGUCUUUCACUUUAUUUAUAAUUCCUCAAUAGUGACGUUUUUUUUGGACACACACACACACACACACUCUCUCUCUCUCUCUCUCUCUCUCUCUCUCUCUCUCUCUCUCUCUUUAUUUCUCUCUUUUCCCCCGCCUUCCUCUUUGUUUAUUUCACUCUGGAAUUCCUUACUAGUGACGUUUUUAUUUUGUUUGGCUUUCUUAAAUUUUAUUAAUUUAUUCUUUCUUCACGUUAACCUUUUCUAUUCCUUCAGUUUUUCUUACUUCCUUGAACUCGAACUCUCUCUUUCUCUCUUUCAUUAUCCCUCGCUUUUCUCUUUAUCAUUGCUUCCCUCCCUUUCUUCCACACUCGGCCUUUUCCUCUUUCUCAAACUUUCUAAAUCUUUUUUUUCCAUUCUCUCUGUCUUCCUCUAUAGCACACUUUAUUUAUGUCCAUAUUUCUCCCAUUCUCUUUUUCAUUUUCUUUCAUCCUUCUCCGAAAUGAAAAUUAUGGUCGAAUGGUUUUGCACUCCGAAACUAAACAAAAAACUUCCUUCAAGAUUUUAG